AUGUCGGGCUCGGAGCGGCGGAGGCCGGCAGGCCAGGUCCAACUGGAUGGCCGACCACCGUUAACCACCACAGAUGGAAAUGAAAACAUCACAGAAGUAGAUGCACUUGAUGUAAGUAGGCAAACACUGGAUCCUGAAGUGCAAUACAAAAUGAACCACCAAAGAAGGGGAAUUGCCUUAAUCUUCAAUCAUGAACACUUUUUUUGGCAUCUAAGGCUGCCAGACAGACGUGGGACUCUUGCAGACAGAAAUAAUCUGAAACGCAGUUUGACAGACCUUGGAUUUGAAGUCAGACUUUUUGAUGAUCUGAAAGCAGAAGAUGUGCUUCAGGAAAUUUAUAAAGCUUCUAAGGAUGACCACAGGAAUGCUGACUGCUUGCUUUGUGUGUUCCUGAGUCAUGGUGAGAAUGAUUAUGUUUAUGCCUAUGAUGCCCAAAUCAAAAUUGAGACAAUCACAGACAUGUUCAGAGGAGACAAGUGCCAGAGUCUGGUAGGAAAACCAAAGAUAUUUAUCAUCCAGGCUUGCCGAGGCGACAAGCACGAUGACCCAGUUAUUGCCCAGGAUUCAACAGACAGUAGCACUGAGUCCGUUGUCAAUGAGACUGAAGUGGAUGCAGCUGGUGUCUAUACCCUGCCUGCUGGUGCAGAUUUUAUCAUGUGCUACUCUGUGGCACAAGGUUACUACUCUCAUCGUGAAACUGUGAAUGGCUCCUGGUACAUUCAAGAUCUGUGUGAGGCGCUUAGGAAGCAUGGCUCAUCCUUGGAGUUCACAGAGCUGCUCACUGUUGUGAACAGGAAAGUAUCUCAUCGCAGAGUGGAUGUGUGCAGAGACAUCAAUGCUGUAGGAAAAAAGCAGAUUCCUUGUUUUGCCUCAAUGUUAACUAAAAAAUUGUAUUUUCAUCCAAAAUCUAAGUAG